AGACGAGGACGAAAUGCUGUCCCACUGUUUACACGUGCAGUUUUAACAAUGGUUAACUUAUUAACAAAAUGAAUACAAGGAAGCGGAUGUGACGAGGAUCAAAUAUUGUCCAUUUUAAGAGAAUUUUCGUUGAUACUUGAGAAGCAUGAUAUCUAAUACAGUGUAUGAUUGUUUCAGAUUGUCAACAGUGUGUCGAGUGUUCUUUGUAUAAUUAUAAGAUGUAAUGUUCUUUUAAUACGGAAUGGGUCCAAUUAUUUAUCACUUUGAUAGCUCUAAAAUUAACUCUAUAUACCACAAGAAAUGGUACUUUUGAUGGCUUUUGUACUACCGAUUUACCCAAACGAGUAGAGUUUUGAAAGCGGGCCUUCUACAGUUAAAAGAACGGGAUUUACAAUAUGUUUGUCCUACAUACUCCAUUCCAGUGGAACACAGAACGGACAGAUGCAUUAGAAAAACGGAUAACUGUUAAUAUGUUAAACGAAAAAUCAGAAAAGGUUAAAAACUGCAGAGUCUCCUGACAUCUUGGAAAGUUAUUCUAUGGAUAAAUAUUUCAUCCAGAUCACAAAUACGCAGUUAAAAUAUUAAUGUUUAAAAGUACAAUUAAACGGUGAACAAUUUAGAGUAAAUUUUCCGGAUAUGACCACUUAUAGUACAGAGUCCGACACAGCCGACUAUAACUACACCUACGACUAUGAAGAUGAAUACAUGUAUCCUGGUUACAAAUUUGAAAGACCAGUCUACUUGUAUCUUUGGGAAGUUUUGGUAGUCGUCACCUUCUUCCAAAACCUUCUUAUCUUAUCAGUAUUUAUGCGCAGAAAGAUGCGCAAUCCAACAAAUGUCGUUCUCUCUGCGAUAGCCAUUUCCGAUACUCUAACCGGACUGGUUACAUUGCCAACUUACAUCAUGGUGUACCAGAGAUUCGACCCGCUUCGUAUCUAUGACUAUGACGAUACAUUCACGAACCAAACUAAUGAAAUAUAUAAGUAUAAUAGUAGUAUGGGAUACAAUCUGUUUCAAACUACUUCAAGCUUCAACCUGUCAGUUGGCGACAGCAACAGCACUGAUAAUCAUUACAUAGUAACAGCAAGCCCUGCGCAUCUUUCAGCCUCAGCUUGGUAUAGUGAGGUAGAAAAUGAUGGAAAUAUAUUGUCACCAACAGUAUACCUCCAGCCAACUCUUCCACCCGUUGACGGAUAUAUCCUUAGUAAGAGUCUUUGUCGUGGAUUUAUGAUCUCGAAAUACUUUUUGUCGAAAUCAUUCCAUACUGUCUCAAUCUUUUUGACAUUGUUCCUUGAAAUUCAGAGAUACGUUUCCAUGGCAUACCCUUAUAGAUAUGAAACAUGUUUUAAUCGGUUUAAAAUCGUGAAAAUAUAUUGUGUUUCUGUAUUCAUUUUGAGUCCAUUUCUUCACGCAUUUCAUUUAGGAAGUGAAAAGGCAGUAGAAGGGUUAUGUCAAUGGGAGCUCCCAGGGUAUGGCUGCGGAAAAGACUGUAUUUAUUUAUGGAUAGCAUUUAUAUUGCGCCAUUUCAUUCCAUGUGUAACACUUCUGACAUUUACACUUUUAUUCAUAUAUCAACUGAGAAAAGGUGAGGAAAAUUUCAGAAGAGUGGAUAGUAACUCGUCUCAGUAUUCUAGAAGGGUGCAAGAAAAUCGACGUAUUUCUUUUGUUGUUACAACUGUUGUUGUAGUUCGACUGAUCCCGGAGAUACCAUAUAGCAUUUUACUAUUAUACAACAGUUAUGACGUAACUGUGAAUAUGGGCGUAGGCAUAGAUCUUGAAACCAACAGAAUUUAUCAUAUGUGCUAUGAAAUUUGUCUCGUCUUUUCUUUUCUUGCGAAUUUUUAUAUAUACCUUGUCGUCAAUAAGUCUUUCCGGAAGUGCUUAUAUCGAACAUUCAUUAAACCGCUGAGGGCACAUCUACGAGACUCAUUUAGAUCAAAUGACUCUGCCUCUAGCAGCAGGAAGAUUACAAUGACGAAGAUUUGUUCAGUACACACAGACAAAGUGCAUGAAAUUAAAACUAUUCAUUCUAAUAUAUUGGACAAACAGGCUCUGUCGGACAAACAGUCUGUUACGAACAAACAGUCUGUAUCGGACAAUCUGAUUGUAUCUGACAAAAUGUUAAAUCGGGAGACAAAGUUCAGAUAAUGAUUCUAAAAUUUUGAUUAUACUAUUUAGAGCUAUUCACUCGCCCUUGCAGGUAUUUGUAAUUGUGAAAAUGUUAUAUUGUAAAUGGGAAGAAUAGAUUUGUAAAUCAAUUACUAUGUCCUAGUACCCUACUUGUUUGAAGCCGGUAAGGCCUGUAGAUUUGACAUGCAUCCGUCCUCCACAACUCUGUCAAUAGUUUUUUUUAACCUUUAGCUUGCUAAAUUUCUAAAAUGGACUGGUCUAUAAGUCAGUUUUGGCAAUACCAUUUAUUAUUUGAAGAAGUUUUCACUGAAAAUUUACUGACUGAAUAGCGACCAGUGCAGACCAUGAUCAGCCUGGACGGAAAUGCAGGCUGGUCUUGGUCUACACUGGUCGCAAAGGCAGAAUAAUUCGCCGCCGACAAGCUAAAGGUUGAUUAUCAUGCAACAAAUAUUCACCACAACUCCAAUGCAAAGAUUGCAUUUAAAAGUCAAUGUCACAUAGGUUA